ACAGGGGCUUUUAAGUCCAAAAACUCGGGUCCCACGUGGGUAUGUGUUUUUAGGCUUAAAAUUUUUGGAGCAGCGAAGAAGAAGAGAGGGAAGCUCCAAAGGUGAGAGAAUCGAGUCUCUACUCUUCGCUUUUUCAUUCUUUGUGUGUGGGAAAGAUCGCUUUCCUGUGAAUCAAUUUGAAACAGACAGGAGGAGGAGGUUCAACAUGAGUGUGGAUUCCAAGUUGUUGGAAGAAGAGGCAGAAGUAGAAUUACAAUACACUGAUAAAAAACCCAGUACUCGAAAACGCAAAUUGAAUCAAAAGCUUGAUAGUAAUGGCCAUGUCAUGCCAGAAAAACUUGUCAAAAGAAUUAAAUUGUUUUUGACCAAGCCAUCAACCCUUCUAGUACUUGCUCCUAAGAUUGGUUCCAAGGUUGUGAGGUGGGAAAAUCGUGUCCGGCUAUCCCAUCUUUUGCGCAAAUUGGCGAAACGCCGCAAUUGGGUAGAAGUUGGUGGUGUGUUGAGCAUGUUGUUGAAAGCGUCAUGUAAGGACCGGUAUCCAUUGAACAAUCGUUUCAAGUAUUCGGUUUCAAUGGAGCUUCUUAAGCAUAUGAAAAGUGAUCGUCUCAAGUUCACCAAAAUCAGGAACAUAUAUGACAUUUGGAUGAGAAAGAAUGGAUCAAUGAAAGAAUGGCCCAUAGAGGAUAGAUUUCUGGUUCAUUUUGAGUUCAUUCUAUUCUGUCUUACACAAGGGAAUGUUGAGGAAGCACAUCAGGCUGCUAUAUGCCUCAAGCAAGAACAAGAACUGGACGCUGACCCUAUGUCAAAUAUGGUCAUGGGCUUGACAUUCUAUGAGCUGUGGUAUUCAACUAUCCCAGAAGAGAUGCAGUGGAGAGAUUCAGAUCUAUUUUCAUCUCGUUGCCACUCUGAUAUAAUGGAAACAAGAUUCAGCAACCCUGUCGAAAAUUCAAUGUGGUGUAGUGCAAAUGAUACUCACAAGGCUGAUAUACCCAUUCGAUGCGAUUCAGACACCUCUGUCAUGAAGGAUAAAAAAAUAUCUAGCAAUGCUGAUAUUAAUCAAAAUAGAGAAGUUUCUAUGGAUGCUGAUGUUAGCCUGCAAAGUGAACAUCCCAUGCAGAACUUCCAGCCACAAGAGUUUUCCAUGAACUCUGAUGAAAUUACUGGAAAUGAAGCCUCAUUUUCUAAACACGGUGAUCAUAUGCAGUAUGCUUCCAAUUUCUAUUCUCUUCGGGGCUUGGAGACCUGGUUGUUACCCUUGCAAUUGCCGGAUCCCGAAGAAAAUUGUGAGGACUUGAUCAAUUUGCAUAGGGGAAUGCUUAAUGAUUAUUAUAUGGAUGCAGUUAAGUAUUUUCAACUUGCUCUUUACUCAACACCGCCAUUAUUGGUGGCCUUACUUCCUUUGGUACAGUUGUUGCUGAUUGGAGGUCAAUUUGAUGAGGCCCUAAAAGUUCUGGAGAAGCUCUGUUGUAAAUCAAACACAGCUCUUCCUAUUAGGUUGAGGACUAGUCUUUUGGAGCAUUUUGAUCGUAAUAACUCUUUUUUGCUUUCAACCUGCUUUGAGGAUAUCCUAAAGAAGGAUCCAACAUGUUCCAAUUCAUUGGCAAAGCUUGUCAGGAUGCAUCAAAAUGGGGAUUAUUGUCUCGAAUCCCUAUUGGAAAUGAUAGCAUUGCAUUUAGAUUCUACCUAUGCAGAAUACAAUACCUGGAAAGAAUUUGCAUUAUGUUUCCUUAAGCUUUCUCAAUAUGAAGAGGAUCAAAUGUCUGUGUGUACAAAAAAAAAUGAAGAUGGGCAGCAGCAAACAGAGACUAUUUAUUUUAGUAAGACCCCCACAAUAUUUACAAAGGGAAAAUCAGGAAAAAGUUGGAGGCUUCGCUGCAGAUGGUGGUUGACACGUCACUUCAGCAAUAAUAUGCUUGUAUCCGAGAUUGCUGCAGGUGAUCUGCAGCUAUUAGCUUAUAAAGCAGCAUGCGCAUCGCAUAUGUAUGGAGAAGAGUUCAAUUAUGUUGUGGAGGCUCAUAAUUGCUUAGGAAAGGAAAAUGAUAGGGAUUUGUUAUUGUUCCUGCAAACGCAUAUGGAGAACUCAAUUGGAAUUUAUACAAACUUUCUAAAUUAAAAAAAAAAAAAAAAAAUGAGAUCACCUUCUUUUCUGCAGGCAAAGUUUUAUUUACUUAUGGAAUGCUUGGUGAAUGAUCCAUCAGCAUUACUCAUUAGUUGUCCUUUUCCUGGCCUUUAUUAUCCUCCCAAUAUUUUAUUUUAUGAUGCCAUUAAGGUUUUGUGUUUUA